GAGCAAAUAACUUUAGGGAAAAAAAAAAAAAAAAGAAAAGCAAAAAGAAAAGAAUCAAUAAAUUAAGCCACAUAACUUGCACACAGAUGACACAUGAUCUUGGGGCUCGCAUUCAAGAUCUCUUGUGUGUUUCUAUCUGUGGGAGAUUCUGAGCUAACCUCGUCUCUUUAGCUUCAGCAUUUUAAAAAUUGUGCUUCAUCUUCAUCGGCGCUCAUGUCAAAUUGGUGGCUCUCAUAUAGCAGAUGCAUUAUUUCUGUCCGAAAUGACGUGGGCUUCAACUUUUUUGACAUUCUAAAUUGUUGGAAUGGAGUGUGGCAUAGAUGCUGAUGCAGCUUUAGAUUAUGCAACUAUUCAGAUUUUCCCAGCCCAAAACAGAUAUGAGGUAUUUGUUUGCGGUGAUGAUGAAGUGGAAAAAGUAGCCACUGGAUUGCUGGAGCAUCUCUUGCCACAUUUACCAGGGGUAAAAAACUUGCAUAGUAGAGGAUCUAAUGCCAAUUUUAAACUUCAAGUACCAGGACAGAAAGAUACAACAUGGUUCACAAAGUCCACUUUAAACAGAUUUCUGCAAAUUGUUGCUUCUGCGGAUUUAGUGAAUUCCAGUAAGCUUAUUGAAGGUGAAAUGUCACAAUUGAAGGAGGCCAGAAAAUUUCAUCUUUCUUUAUAUACUCAGGGGCACAAGGAUCAGUUUGAAAGUGGGGAAACAGAUGGAUCCAACUCUGUUGAGACACUACCAACGCACAAACCUGAAGUAGAAAUUGCAUCAUCAGAUACGUCAAAGGAUGAAUUAUUGCGAGCUAUGGACUUGAGGCUCACAGCAUUGAGAAGGGAGUUAGCUGCAGCACUAAACCAAGCUGCUGGUGCCACCUGCUCCUCAAAAGAUAUUACAAAUAUAAUAGAAUUUUGUGAUAAUUUUGGAGCAGCCGACUUAAAGAAUUUUUUAUCCAAAUGCUUUGAACUGAGGCAUAACAGCGAAACAGCUCUACUUACAAAUGAUGACAAGCACUCAUUUACAUGCAUGUCAAGAAGGAACAAUGCAAAUAAGACAAAUGGAGAAACUCAUAUAUCGAUAUCCACACAAUUGCAAACACCAGUAAAAUAUGGUGUUUCACCAGCGAUGGUUGCUCAAGUUGAGCGACAAAGCUCAACUGAAAGUGAGGAGUCUUCUAACUCAAGCAAUGAAGAUCAAAUAUCUGCAGAAAGAAGUCGAACUCUUACAAGGUCUGUGCAACCAAGAAGGUCAGCGUCGCCAAUGCGGAGGAUUCAAAUAGCACGAACUGGGUCACGUAGGACUCCUGCAUUAAGCAUUAAGAACCUCGGUCAUUAUCCUGCUAGAGAGAGGAUUCCCUAUUAUAGAGAUGGAGCUGCAAAUGGCAGUGAAGAUGAAGGUUCUGAACAAUUCAGUAAGAAACCUGAGAAAAUUGCGCCCAGGAUGACUGUUCAAGAUGCAAUUAAUCUUUUUGAAAGCAAACAGAAGGAUCAAAGUGCAGAUGCUCAAACAAGAAUCUGCUCAUCAAAUCUCUCUCUCUCCACAAAUAAAUCUGUGCUAAGAAGAUGGAGUGCUAGUACAAUAGAAGGUUCUGCUCCCUACCAGCAAGAACUUGUUUCUGAAAAAUCGGCUCUGCUGUCUUCUGGUGAUGUAAUGGAUGAAGAAAAUUCAAUUCUUUCUUGUGGUGAUGUAAUGGAUGAAGAGAAUUCAAAUCUUUCUGUGAAAGAAAAAUUGGAGUCUGAUGUGGCACCUGGAUGUCGAAAUCUUCUUGAGACUACUAAAGUUGAUGUAGAGUUAAAGAGACUGGAAAAAGAAACACAUGAUCAAUUAGACGUGGAAGAAGACACUAGUGCAACACCUGGUCAGGAAAGUAAUGGAAUGCCAGCAGCCUCUGCUGAAUGGACUCAACAAAAGGAAGUGGAGUUGAACCCUAUGAUGAAGAAAACAAUGGAAAGUCAGCCCGUGAGAACCAGGAAGCCACAAACUAGCAGAAACCAGAACAUCCCUUCUGAUCAUAGAGGUGGAUUUUAUGAUCACUACAAGGAGAAGAGGGAUGAGAAACUUCGAGGAGAGAAUGCUGGAAAGAAAGCAGAAAAAGAAGCAAGAUUUAGAGCAUUGCAGCAAACACUUGACGAGCGAAAAGCAGAAAUGGUCUCCAGAAGUGUAAAGGAUGUAGGUAAAAAGCAUCCUUCACCUAAACCCCAAAAAUCACUCAAAAAUCCAUCUCAAUCUGCAAGUCUCAGGAAUGAGAGCCCAAAAUCCUCUGUUACAAGGAAGGUUUCAACCAAAAAAUCAACCUUGCCUGCUACUCGUAAAUCAUGGCCUACACCUUCAACUAGAGUGGCAGGACCAUCACCAUCGAAAACUCCAUCUGGGAACUCACUGUCUGGUACCACACAAACACGACGUAAACCUCAGUCAACACCAUCCCUUCCCCGAUCAAGUGCUAAAAUAGAGAGAUCCCAGCCAUGCCUUAGAAAUGUGAAGGAAAGCCAGACUGAUACCGACAGGAGCCUGAAGGGAGGGAAAGAAAAGACGCAACAAAAAGUGACCAAGAGUGGAAAAACAACAGGAACAAAAGUUUCAGCUGCUACUGCAGACUGUUCUAGUAUGGUUCAGUCAAAGCCUAGUUUCUAUAACAAAAUGACCAGGAAAAGCACUGUUGUGCCACUGGAAUCAAAACCUUUACGCCGUAAAGGAUCUGGAGUUGCUGUUGGCAUAAGUCCUACUGUGAGCAAGACCAAACAUUCUUCUCGGUUGGAGGAUUCUUCCAUGAAUUGUGGGAAUACAAUUGAAACUCUAAGCAAUAAGGUGACCAUUAAUGCUUCCACUCUUUUGAGUCCGCAUCAAGAUCAGGAUAUUGUAUCAUCUGAUAAUUCUAACCCUACUAUGGGUUUAGAAACAAUGGUCACUAGUCAUCAGAAUGGUGAUGAGUCUGAAAACAUCAUUAAGCUUGCCACUGAUCUUGAUGACAGCUUCAAAGAUACAGCAGAGUGUACAGCAAUGUUUCAAUGCCAAGAAGAAUCAGUUAUCUCUCCUAUUGCAUGGGAGGAAAUAGAUGAACAUCAGAACAUGCAGAAUUCAUAUGAUGAUUGCACCUCUCAACUUGCUUCUCCAGUCCAUGUUGCACCACUUGGAUUAUCAAGUCCACGCAUUCGUCAUUCUUUGUCACAGAUGCUGCAAGAAGACAAUAGUGAACCUGAAAUAGUUGAGUGGGGAAAUGCUGAAAAUCCUCCUGCUAUGGUCUAUCAAAAAGAUGCUCCUAAAGGGUUAAAGAGGCUCUUGAAAUUUGCCCGGAAGAGUAAAGGGGAUGCAAGUUUAACAGGUUUGUCUAGCCCAUCUGUCUUUUCUGAAGGAGAGGAUGAUGCCGAGGAAUCUAAAGCCAUCAGUAAGAGAAGCACUGACAACCUGCUGAAGAAGGUAGCACUUCAUUCAAAGAACAACGGACAGCAAAAUGCAACCUUUUUUGUAGGCCAUGAAAAGAAUGUAGAUCCUCAUGAACUUCACUCUGCUCAAUCAAACUUGAGCAAAUUUGAAGUCCAAAGUUCACACAAGUUGCCCAAGGGCCAUGGAUCAUCAGCAGCUUCUACAACUAAAGCAACAAGGUCCUUCUUCUCUCUUUCAGCAUUUAGGGGCAGCAAACCAAAUGAGAUGAAGUUCCAUUGAUUGGGAUUAUUGUAAAAAUUCAAUAAACUGUUCUCCUUGAAGCCGCAAGCAGACUAGAUUUUUCUUGUGAAAAAAAAAAAAAUAGUAGAUUUCUAUUCGCCACUUUCAUAUUUGUAUGGUUCGGCAUUUGAUCAAGUGUUAAACGCAUGUGCCAAUGUGUACUUUCAGGAUCUGCAUGCUUCUGAAAUCUGGGAGUUCGUGCACGAUAAUCACGUUGUUAAUGUUUACUAGUAAUUCACUUAAAUAUCUUAGAGCAUGAUUAACUUAA